GGACAAACUCACGAUGAGAGAGAGCAAGAUGUGACAGGGAAGAGAUAUGAGUGCCCGGGACUCUAAUAUCGAGAUCCCUAGCACUCUCCGCGCACAUCCAUCCACUUAGUCUACCACAGCUUUAUUUCCGCAACAGAGGCAACCUACUGACAAGCAAACAGUACUGUUGAUCAGUCAUGGUCGUCCACGGCGGAAUUUUUGCUUGCUUGCACCACGUCUCCAUUUACUGUUCACUUUGACAGGAAAAAGAAAGGCAAUAUAUAUAUAUAUGUUAUAUAAUACAGAAAUCCUUUCACCGUAUAUAAAAUGAUUCUUUUGCCUUUUCUGCAAAGAUUUUUCAGUUAAUAUAAAUAUAGAUUUUUCCUUGAUGCAGAGAGUCUCUGCCUUUUCGGAGUUUCGAAGCUCGGCGGCGAUUCCUUCCUUGGCUCGAGCAAUCGUCAGGUUUUCGCAAUUCUCGCCGUUGGAUUCUUCAAUUUCUUUUUGUGUGUGUGUGUGUGUUUUUGGUAAGGGAGACGUGAUGUGAAUUGGAUGCGGUGUUUGUUUGUGUGACUGAUUGACCCGUGAUUUGUGGUGUCAAUUUUGGAUCGAAGAGCGGCUUGGAUCGGUGUUUUCAUGGAGAAAGCUAGCGGUGAUCGGUACCGCCGCUAGUAUAUAUGUACGUGUGUACUGCUCCAAGAAACUGCUCGUAGCAGGCAAUCGCAUUCGAGAAAGGAAGAACAAAAUCGGCUGCACGGAACUAAGUUAAGAACGAAACGAGCCCUAGAAUCGUCGCUGACGUCGAAAUCAAUGCCGGCGACCAAAUCCAAGGGCUCGAUGCCGAGCUCACGGGGCUCAAGCUCCAGAGUUUGGCUCUAUUCGCUGUUGCUCACCGUCCAGUACGGUGCUCAGCCACUGACCACCAAGCGAUGCAUCAGCCGGGAAGUUAUUGUGACCUCAUCUGUUCUGGCAUGUGAGAUGGCAAAGGUUGUUUUUGCUAUUAUACUCACUGCAAGAGAAGGUGGUCUGCGAAGACUAUUCAAGGAGUGGACUUUAGUUGGUUCGUUGACUGCAUCUGGAUUGCCAGCAGCCAUUUAUGCACUACAAAAUAGCCUACUUCAGAUUUCAUAUAGAAACCUUGAUUCUCUCACAUUCUCAAUGCUGAACCAGACAAAACUAUUUUUCACUGCUCUUUUUACAUAUAUAAUUUUGGGGCACAAGCAGUCAAUUCAACAAAUUGGGGCCCUCUUUUUGUUGAUAAUGGCAGCUGUUCUUCUUAGUGUUGGUGAAGGCUCUAGCAAAGGUUCAAGUAAUAGUGAUCCUGAUCUAGUUUUGUUCUACGGAAUAGUUCCUGUCAUGGUGGCAUCUAUACUGUCUGGCCUGGCCUCAUCUCUUUGUCAAUGGGCGUCUCAGGUUAAGAAACACUCAUCAUACUUGAUGACUGUGGAAAUGUCUAUAGUAGGAAGCCUUUGCUUGCUGGCUAGCACAUACAAGUCUCCAGAUGGAGAAGCCAUCAGACAGCAUGGAUUUUUCUAUGGCUGGACCCCUUUAACUCUGAUCCCUGUUAUAUCCAAUGCUCUUGGUGGAAUUCUUGUUGGGCUGGUUACAUCUCAUGCUGGUGGCGUUCGAAAGGGUUUCGUCAUUGUUUCUGCGCUUCUUGUCACAGCCCUGCUGCAAUUUAUUUUUGAUGGUAAACCGCCUUCGUUAUACUGCCUUCUGGCACUUCCUCUCGUGAUUACUAGCAUCUCAAUAUACCAGAAGUACCCAUACCAAGCGAAGAAGAAGGUCUCUUAGACCUUAAAAAGUGUCGCAAUAUUAGGGGUAGACCUACAUUUGCCUCAAUAAUAGAAGUGUUUCUUUUAGUUCCAAGUUGCUCUGGUUUUCUGUAGAGAGAGUUUCUGAAAUUGUUUCUAGAGGUGUAAUGACCACUAGCUUAGGGAAUUGAGAAGGCAAUCAUCACCAUCAUCAUCAUCAUCAUCAUCAUCAUCAUCAUCAUCUGUGCUUUCUUAUGCAGAACUAAAAUACCACUUGAAUUGGUAGUGUUAUUGUUUGGGCUUUGGUCCAAUGGCCCCAUCAUUGUUGCAGUACAUGUAUGAUGAACUAAGAGAAAUCCCAAAUGUUGUUCAUCUCA